ACUGAUUUUCGUUUCAAAGCAUCUCAUACGUGGAUAAACUCAUUCAAAGGAGCUCAUUGCAUCGUAUCGAGAAAAAUUCAUAAAUUCAUUACAUCCAAAACAAUUGAAGAUGGAAAAGUCUUGGAACAACAAAUUCAAAAAUUUGUCUAUGACGUAAAGCUAAAUAUUAGAACGUACGGAUUGUCAAAUACAUUUAACGCUCAGAGUGGCUGCCAACUAGAAAUGCAUUCCGGAAGAACUUUAGCAGUCAAAGGAGAAAAGCAAGUACAAUGUCUUGUACAAUCAGUCUAUUCUACGAGCCACAGUUACACUAUUCAGCCGACUAUAUCAGCUGACGGCAAGCUGCUAUCUCCACGGUUUUUGGUUUUAAAAGAACCAACUGGCAAGAUUGGUCCAAUAGUGGAGAAAACGCUUUUCAGACCAGAUAAUGUGUACAUAGAAGUAUCCAAGUCUGGGAAGCUUACUUCAGAUCAUUUUAAAAUUUGGUUGCAGCAUGUAAUUUUCCCGAAAGUUGGUUCAAAAUCUUUAUUACUGAUUGAUUCUUGGACUGGACACUGUCCCCAAGUUGUACGUGAUGUGAAACCUUCAAAUAGAGACGUCAAAGUAAUGAUUAUACCUAAAGGAAUUACCGGAAAAAUCCAGCCCCUCGAUGUUUUUGGAUUCCGAGUAUGGAAAAAUUUUGUGAGACAUUUUUCUGAUAAUUGUCUUUUGAUGAAUUAUGAUAUUGAUUCGCAUUUGAGAAACAAUAUCAUAAAGCUUCAGUCACUUGUUCAUAACCAACUAUCUUCACCACGUUAUAUCGAUCUUUUCGAAUAGUCUUGGUACAAAAGUGGUUACAUAGAAUAAAAACCAGCGAAUUUUGAAAAUCCUGUACACUUUGCAUUUGGAGAUUCCUGCAACUCACACUGUGAAGUUCCAGGAUGUGAAAAUUUUGCUAUUGUUCGCUGUUCCUGGUGUAAAAAGUCGUUAUGUUUUAAACACUUUUUCAAUGACUAUCAUUACUGCAGUACUUACAACGGCUAAUAGAGCGUACGAUUAUAUAUUCGCUUCUAUUUAUUGCUAUAGUGAUUAUUUUGUUAAACUGUUGACAUAUUAUCAAUAAAAGAUACAAGUAUAUUGUACGCUCUCUUUUUUUUACUUGACUACGCAGUUUUUCUGUGCGUCAUCCCAAAACUUGGUCUUAUCUACCGAACCGAAUAUGUGUAAGCGCUUAUCGUAUGCUUAUGUUAUCCCAUUGCCAAAUAUAAAUCAGUCAGAAUUAUCGAUAAGUCAGAUAUAAGUACUUUUUCAACGAAAGAUCCGUCUGUAAAUAAGUUGGCUCCUAGAUAAAACUGUUCAUUAAAUGCUACAUACGUGAUACGGUGUGGUAAAUUAAAAAAAAAACAUAUCACUAGGAGAAGGAAUAAAAAAAAAGAAUUACUGCCGUUUUAUUGGGAUUAAAUGUAAACAUACAUAGGGGUAGUUCACCCCCUUAACUUGAUUUGCGAGAAAAACGCAAAAACCCAGAUGUAUUAUUUUUUUCGCUCUUCAAAGUGCAAUUGAAUCCAUCGAGAUAGGUGCAAUAGUUUUUUUUGUUAUAACGAUUUUAUGAAUUUCAACCCCUAUAACUUUUUCCCUAUGCAACCCCCCAAUAUGAAACCAGUUGCAUUUUUCAUCGUUUAUCAUUAAGAUAAUUAUCCAGUUGGGUGCAUUCGAUUAUCUCUAGUGAAAAUAGGUGAAACCUGAAAAGUACCCCUCGGAGGUCUCAACUUCAAAGCAUAAUUUCACUCCCUAGAAACGUUUUUCCGCCGAUAAAAAAAAAACACGUGUCUCUUAGAUUUUGAUGUAGAAUAACAUAUAUAAAUUUCAUCAAAUUCGAAGGAUGUCAGCGGAAAGACUUUCCUUGUUAGAUGUCCGUUUGAUGUUCAUUAAUUGUGUUCAGUCAGAAAACAAUGGCAUGAUCCAUAAGUUUUUAGCUAAUGUUCGAAUCCAUCAUUCCUUAAUAAGCAAUAUCAACGUACCUAAAUAGAAUACGGACAGUCAAAAUUUGGAGCAGAAUUCGUCAACAUUAUAUUGUUGGAAAAUUCUGAUGACUUUUUGAUUCUAAUAUCUGCGUUACUAUGAUGUUCGUUUAAUAUGUUCUAUACAUGGAGAUUGCAUAUGAGUUUGAUUUGAAA